AUGCAUGGUUUUAGCUCUCCGUCCAGUGGGUAUCAUACUCAACCUAACACCUUUUAUCAUAUCCCUCCUAAAGGCUAUGGUAUGCCCCACAGAGACUAUAAUGCCUCACCCACUGGUUAUGGUACUGUAGCCAUAGGCUAUAGUGCGCCCCCUCCCGGUUAUGAUAGCCCGCCCUCCAGCCAUGGUGUGCCCCCUUCUGGCUAUGAUAGCUCACCCUCCAGCCAUGGUGUGCCCCCUUCUGGCUAUGAUAGCUCACCCUCCAGCCAUGGUGUGCCCCCUUCUGGCUAUGAUAGCCCGCCCUCGGCUAUGGUGUGCCCCCUUCUGGCUAUGAUAGCCCGCCCUCCGGCUAUGGUGUGCCCCCUUCUGGCUAUGAUAGCCCGCCCUCCGGCCAUGGUGUGCCCCCUUCUGGCUAUGAUAGCCCGCCCUCUGGCUAUGUCCACCCUCUGGCUAUGUGCGCCCCCUUCCGGCUAUAAUAGUCCACCCUCUGGCUAUGAUGCGCCCCCUUCCGGCUAUAAUAGUCCACCCUCUGGCUAUGAUGCGCCCCCUUCCGGCUAUAAUAGUCCACCCUCUGGCUACGGUGCGCCCCCUUCUGGCUAUGAUAGUCCACCCUCUGGCUACGGUGCUCCCCCUUCUGGCUAUGAUAGUCCAUCCUCUGGCUACGGUGCGCCCCCUUCUGGCUAUGAUAGUCCACCCUCCGGCUAUGAUAGUCCGCCCUCCGGCUAUGAUAGUCCGCCCUCCGGCUAUGAUAGUCCGCCCUCCGGCUAUGAUCCGCCCUCCGGCUAUGAUAGUCCGCCCUCCGGCUAUGAUAGUCCGCCCUCCGGCUAUGAUAGUCCGCCCUCCGGCUAUGAUAGCCCGCCCUCCGGCCAUGAUGUGCCCCCUGCCGAGUAUGAUACCCCACCCUCCAGUUAUGUAACACCGUCCAAGGGACAGGCCACCGGAUAUGUAGCUCCAACCAAAGGCCACGAUAGCACUCGCACUGGGUAUACUGCCCCACAUAGUGACUAUGGUGACUCGCCCAAGGGUUAUGAUACUCCUCAAACAGGAUAUGAUGGCUAUGACUACUAUGAAGAAUAUGAUAGCCAUAGCUAUGGUGGCACCUAUAGUGAAUACGAUUCUUAUAACUAUGACCUAUACGGAGACUAUGGUGAUCAGUCCCAUGGUCAUGGCGGCCGUCAUUCCCCUGUUGUGGAUUACAUUAAGGGCAAACCAAAAUAGCUUUUGGUAAAUGGAACUACAGUAAUAAUGUACAAUCCUUAUUGCAAGCAAUACCACAUUUCACUUGUAUAAUUAAAAUCCUUGUCUGAUGUAUAUUUCAACACAAAUCCCUUAAUAACAACUGAACUGUAUUAUUCAUGAAUUGCAUAAACUAACAUGGACUGGAAAAAAUAAAUGACGUAUGACAGUAA